AUUGUCCGACGGAUGUCGCCACUGUCGUCCGCAGGUCAUAGUCACUCUUAAGCCGCAACACAUUCCAGUCUCUUGGCUGAGCAACAGGUGACGAUGUGUCGCGUCGCGUUUUUUCCGUGAUUUUAGGUGCGUGAAUAAAGUGAAUCGAAUAAUUAUGGUGCUGUGACGCGUUCUUACGUUAUCCCAAGUUGUGAGAGAGAAAGUGUCUUCUUACGAAGUAACCAGAAAGGCAUAAACACGCGGAGUGUCAUCUGCCUGAUUGGAUUUUGGGAAGAGAGGCCCUGCGGCGCGCCUUGAGAAAAGAGAAAACACAACAAAGAAUCAGCAAUGGCGAGUGACGUAUGUUGAAAUUGCUGUCGCCGACGAUUAAUACAAGGCUGAUCGAUGAAUUGUUUAAGAAUAAGAACGGGAGUAAAUUAACAUGAUAUAAUGACGUCACUGGUACAGCGAGACUUUGUUGGCUCUCAGAGGAAGAGAGAAUCAACCGGAAGUAACGCCUCGAGCUAUUUACUGCUGCUCAACUCACUGGCCACCGAUUUGGAUUGCAUGCUGAGCGAACUGUGCACCACCCCGGAUUCCUACAAACGGAGCGAUGUCUUCCUGGAACCGUAUCUACAGCAGCACGGAACUGUUCAGGUGGUCAGUUCACCCAGUACACCCCCGCCCAAUCCCCUCCAGCAUCAUCAACUUGCGCAGCUACAUCAUGUACAGAGCGAAGAGUCGUUAUCGUCGGAGGGAUCGGGCAGUUCAGCGGGCUCAUCUGGAUCAUCGGAGGAUUCGGGAAGUGAGGUGGCAUGCGACAUCACCCUCAUCGAGAGACUCAUCCGAUCCCAUCCGAUUUGGUUUCUUCCUGGGAUCCAGAGGGCUGGUGCCUUCCACUUGUUGCAGGGCAAGGAAGAGGGGAAUUUCGUCGUACGUCAGUCCAGCCAGAGCGACACUAUGGCUCUGUCCGUGAGACUCCCACCUGGAAAGGGUCCCUACAUAGAGCACUAUCUGAUCCAGGCCAACAAGGGCAAGCUCAGCCUGGAGACCAGUGAGAAUAGAUUCGACAACAUACCAUCGUUGAUCGCACAUUAUUCACAGUGCUGUGACGAGUUACCGGUGCAGCUGACACUGCCAAGGGCUAUGCGAGAGGCUAAGAACAGACAGCAACUCUCCUCCUUGGCGUUGCUCGGUCAAGAGUUCUGGAGGUAUCCAAUGGCGAAUCCAAAGCCACCAGAAAGUAGCAGCAGCAACACGUCGAGUCUUAGUAGUUUUCAUGGUGUGCUUGCGUUAUCUGUCGUAGGUAACAACAAUGCCAAUACACCAACCACAGAGAGUAUAGUACUCAACCUGGCCCCAAUAUCAUCCCACGAUACGAGGUGCACGUCGCCGACGAAUACCGUCACCACGUCCACCUUCGUAUCGUCGCUGCCGCGUCAACCGCGACCAACACCACCAAAUACCUUGAAUCUCACGACGUUCAACGAGCCCCUUGAUGCAAAGAAGGAUAGGUUGGAUAAGAUGUCACCUGGGGAGAAGCUGUCGCAGAAGCUGAUAUCCCCCAAUCUCGUACAGAGUGUACGCUGUCCCUCGCCUGUAGUGCAUAACGUUGAGAGUAACGUUCUCAGUCCCACGGAGUCGAGAAUGAAUUUUGAGACGUCGAGGAUGAACUUUGAGACGUCGAGGACCAUCGUCGAUACCUCCAAGAGCUCCGUCAUCGAGUUCUCCAGGAGUAACAAGUUUAGCUCGAGUACCCCGACGUCGAACUUUCAACAGAAUAUAUCGAAUUUUAAUAAUCAAUCCGGUACUAACUCGCCUCUGAUCACUGAGGUCAGGAACACCAUCCUGGAGAAUCAAAUACUCGGGCAGAAUGUCAAGACUCCACCACCUCCUCCGCCUAGAUGGGCUAAACCUGGGAUUAGUCAGAGCCAGAGCAACUUCACGGUUACUACUACUGUCACCUUUAAUGUUAAUCAGAGCAAUGAAGUCUCCAGUUCUCAGCAAAAUACACCGUCGGAUGCGAACACGUCGCUGCUGAGUCCACAGAGCAUCACGUCGACCAAGUCUUUGACUUCAAAUUUGUCAAACAAGUCACCCCUAUCACCAACCACGCCCGUAUUAUCUCCUACCUCGAAGCUAGUCUCGAACGUCGGUAUUAAGACGCCAAACGUCUUGUCGCCAACGACGCCGUCAGGUACGAGCAAGUCAAAGCGUCGUCGAGACCGCGAGGCCAGGAAGAAUUCGCAGCACUAUCAAGAGUCUGACAUCCUGGAGUCCUACUACAGGAGCUCUCCCGGCGAUAAGAUAUCGGACUACGAAGAUAUCUGGAACACUACCGAUCAGUCAAAUCAUUCAACCUGGUCGCCUAAUGAUAAAUUGUCGCGUAAUGAUGUAGCCAGUAAUUCUCAAGAUCGGUUGAGAAAUUCUAAUGACCGUUUGGUAACUCAGGAACGCGUCGUGAGUCCCGCCUGCCCGAACGACAGGCUCGUUGGGAACGACCGUUUCAUCUUGAGAAACGACAAGAGCACGGCGAACGAGAAGCUCAGUUACAAGGAGAUAACGAGUCCUGAGUUCAGCAGUUUUAAACCCGUUCUUGAUCUCAAAAGUCCGGAGGCUGGGUCACCGGAGGAGACAGGAAUGGGAAGGAGACCCGAUUUGUUAUCGCGAGUGUGCAGCGCCAAUUCUCUGAACAAUCCGAAUACCAUGACACCACCUAGAAACAAACUGGGUUUAAUUCUCACUAAAUCAGAGAGUAACAGCCCCUUGACACCGGAAUCAAAACAGGGUAGUCCUUUCUACGCGGAACCGGCGGACGCCAUUGCUCAGAGUACAGCAAUAAUACCAAGGAGACGUCCCAGAAAUAACCCAGUAUCCAGUAAAUAUAGACACAGUGAACCUGGUUGGCUACAAACACCAGUUGGUACGAAUACCAACCAACUUCAUCCAAUUGAUUGGGACGAGUCUGAGGAAACCGAAGACAAAACACCUCUUAUAUCAUCCUCCGUGGACAACUUAGCUAAACGCCUAGGAACGCGCGAGGUGAAAAAAAUUCCCAGAGCCAAACCCGUUCAGCCCCCAAAGGUCAGGCUCAAAGUAUUCAACGACACAUCUUGGGCUGUCGAUUCCAGCUGGGAGUUCAUUGGUAUAUAUCAAGCAACACCCUUUGAAGAUCCUGGCGACUGCCAAUUCCGGUUUUAUAAAAUUUAUUAUUUUGCUCCAGGAAACGAGGGUGACGAUUGCGAACCUGAUUACGACUGCGAUGCCGAUUACGAGGGCGACAGUGCGGCUAGAAAAUUCCCAGACGAAGAAUGCGAAAAGGACGUCAUUGGCAAUACCUUGACCGUUCAGAGUAUCAUACUGCAACGGUACCCUGAAUUAUUGAAGCCACCGGAUACUUUGGAUCCUCUUCAUAGCGACAGGAACUCUUCGUAUGACAACGUGGAGAAAAGAAACGAAAGAGAGGAUACUCCCGACACAAAAAAGGAUCAAGCCUAUGAUCCAUCCGAGUGGGAAACAAUGUUGGAGACUGACGAAAGCGACGUGGAACGCGUCAAAAGGAACAAAAGCUUCAAGGAACGACUUGAUCCAUUGCUUUCUCCACCUAGACUCCAAGCUCUGAGGAAUCGUGACGCUGCUGGAACAGGAUCCACCAUAAGAGCCUAUGCGCUGCAAUUGGCUGCUGAUAAGACGACCACCUUUUCGCAGAACAUUGAUAACUUUAUCCAGUGCACGAAGGAGGGUAAAGAAGCCAGUCCUCACGUGGUGAUGAGGAACAUGAGACAAUUCAUGUCAGGGAUGAAGAACUACCUGGUGAAACAUGGCGAGAGAGAAUUUGAGAAGGAAGUGGAGAAAGAGAGGCUCAAGCUGAAGCAUAACGAAUUUCUCAAUCUGGACGCCAUACUCGAAGGAGUCAUGAUGGGCCUGGUUGUACGUCCUCUACGGGAACACGUCUAUAGACUCUUCGUCGACCAUUAUGCUACCACUGGUUCACUUCAUACACUGGCAGACAGCAUUCAGUAUGCCCAGGGUAAACACGUUCAGGAUCUGGGAGUUCGGCCGAAGAUCAUUCCACCCUCGGAAUCGAGUCUUGAUCGUAUCCUGAGGUACAUAGAUCGUCUCCAAAAGGCAGACUCACCCUUGGACAAGCUUGAGAAUCUGCUGGCAGCUUUUUCAACCAUUUUUAAUUCAGUUAAGCAUGCGAAUUCUGGAAGACACGUAACCCUUGGCGCCGACGAUUUACUACCCUUACUGGUAUGGGUCCUAGUACGCGGUAGAGUAGUAGGCGCUGAAGUAGAAGCGGAGUAUAUGUGGGGCCUUCUUCAUCCCUCUCUCUUAACCGGUGAAGGGGGUUACUACUUGACAACCCUAUCGAGCGCAGUUCACGUUCUGAAGACAUUUAAAUCCAGCCAGGGAACAAUGUCUACGUUAAACGGCUGCGGAACUCCGGACUGCUCUUCGGUUCUUCGUGUCCUCGUGCCGGAUGAGCUGCACGGUUCUCUAAAUACCAGGACGCUUCCCGUCAGGCCAAACAUGAACACCCGCGACAUAUGUAGGAUCCUCGCGCACAAAAUCAGAUGUACGAAUCCCCAGGACUACGGACUUUUCAAGCUGGUGCAAGGCGAGGAGACACUACUUGGCGAUCACGAGUGCCCCCAGGAACUAUCUCACUGCCUUUUCGCGUACAAGAGGAUCGACGCCAAGAUAGCCUGGCCGAGGACGAGCUCCUGAAUAGGAUACUAAAGGCAAUGACCAGCCAUCGGCCAUUUCGUCUCCCUAUCUCUUUCUUUCUGUCUCUAUAUCUCUCAGUGCAUUUAACGAAUCCAAACGUGAUUUAAGGUUAGUAUUGUUAAGGUACAUUUAAGAGGUGAUUGGCCUGGGAGACCUGAAAAAUCCUAAAGAGUCCAGCUGUUUCUAUUAUCUUGUCAAGUAUGGCGCCUGGCUACUCUAUUGGGCACAAUACUAUAUAAUAUAUUUACCCAGGCCUUAUCGUAAUCUUACACGAAAAUAUCUAAGGGUUAGAUGUUCGCGAGUUGUAUGUCUUCGUUAUAAGAGGCGCAUUAAGUAAUAAGAAUAAUACGGUAAGUAUUUAUCAACUGGACGAUUAGUGAUAACGUGAAAUUCGAUAAUCUAGAGAUCCGCUUUCACUGUUACCCGCGAAACAAUUAACCUCAAUUCACUACCAUCGCGGUCGUCUUUAACAUGCAAUAAUAAUAAUGAUAAUCCGUAACCUAAUUAAUCACCUCGUUAACGUUUCCAACGAAGCCGAUCGGACGCCAGUCUCUUUGAAGAUUUACCCGCGUAUUUAUCAAAGUCCUAUGAGGGAUUCAUUUGCAACCAGGUUUGAAAUUUCUUGUUAAUACGAUCUUUUUUUAAAUCAAAAAAUUAGAAUUAAGCAUCGAAUUAAUUGUGGAUACAAUAAAACUUCUGUCUUGCCAAACUCAUCUAGAUCCCACGUAUACCACUAGCCUCUCACCCGUUAUACCAACAUGGGAAUAAAUGAAUUUACUGUAUUGCAAUGUUCGGUGCGAAUAAGAUUUUAUAGUGAAGACUUCUUUCGAAAUCACUGCCAAAGUAAUAAAAAUGAAUAAUGCAAGGCAGACGCGGUUCGAUCUCAUGCCUGGAUAUCUAUGUUUUUAAUGGAAAAUAAGGAAGAUGAGACAAAGAGAAAAACAAAACAAGAAAAUAAAAAUGAAUUCCUCCCACCUUCCCCGUAUGUUAAUCAGUAUUUAAGAUUACGUGAACUUUUACAAGUACGAGCGACGCAAUUAAUUAGCUGCGUUUAUAAAAAGACGCCGACUGGGCAAUCGAGCUGAUAGUAACGACUGUCGCAAUUUCUUUUUUCUUUCAAUUCAAUUGCAGAAGCGCGAGUGCGUAUCAGCAAAGUUAGUUUUGAUAGGCGGACGAUUACCUUUGUCUGACACUCACGUGACUAUGAUAUAGAAAUGAUAGUCAUUGGGGUUAUGUUGAUUGUCCUUGAUGAUAAUUCGUAAUCGCCGAUAGACGCGUGCUUGACAGUCACUGACAGUUAUGAAAAGUCUCCUGUAUAAGAGGCAACUGGUUUUCACUUGAUUUUUAUCAGUGAGUAGUCGACGAUGGGAAUAUACCACGGUUAAUCGGUGAGACCGUCAAGGCGUUGGGACGUCUAUCCAUCUCGGUGCCCAGAUUCGGUCGUGCGUGAAAAUCCUCUACAAUUUUUCUAUAAUCGAGUAAAAUGAAAUUCGUAGAAAAUUUUCAUAACACAAAAUUCUAUAACGUAGACGGUUUACGAGAAUGCUAGCUUAGGAUUCUAUUUUAAGUACUUUUUACGAGAGCGCGGUGGAAAAUAUUAUAAUGGAUAAGCGGAACUGUAUUUUACGCAAAAGCACUUGUAUUUAUUCGACAGUUGUAUACAUUUCUUUUGUUUUA